CAUUACCUGGAUGAAAGACGGAAAUCCACUGCAGCUCACACACAGAGUGGACCUGCACUCCACACACACACUCCUCAGGAUCUCUCCAGUGCAGCUCUCUGACUCUGGACUCUACACCUGUGUGGCUCGCAGUAAAGCAGGAUUUGCAGAACAGCAGUUCCACCUGAAGGUUUUGGCCCCUGCCGUGGUGGAGCACACCGAGCCAGUGGAGCACAUUGUGAUAGUUCGAGGCUCGGUGGUGACGCUUGUAUGUGAGGCUCAUGGUGUUCCACCUCCAACCCUCACCUGGAUGAAGGACAGUGAGCCGCUCUCUCUGCACCAGAACAUGCUGCUGCACAAUGCAGGGGAACCUCGCUUCCAGCUGCUAAAUGUUCAACGUAAGGAUAGUGGACUUUACAGAUGUGCUGCAAAGAACCUGGCUGGAACCAGCACCAAGACCUUCAACCUCACUUUUAGGUAGGAGCCACAAUGUCGUAAAGAUAUCCUAAUGAUUGAUAAACGAUGUAGCACCGUAAUCAUCUGAGGAUGCAUGAGAUUUGUGUGGUACUCGAUCAUCAGCCCUCAGAUCUGUCUUCAGUUCAGUUCUUACACUUUACUUUGGAUCAAAAGAUCUUCAGCCCAUCUCUGUACACCAGCUUCCCCUGACCACUUACUUUCCAAUCACUCUGAGAUUUAAAGGACU